UGUAUUUUCACUAAUCAGUAGGUUGUAGUGCACCGUUUAGUGUACAUAUGAGUGAAUUUGAUUUUUUAAAAUAGACCUUAAAGGGAAAUUAAGAAAAGGUACAUUCCUUUUUCAAUAAUUUCAUCCCUUUAUAACAAACAUGAGAAAACGAACACCGACGAAUGAUGAUGAUGAAGAGGAACAAGAACCUCUUUGUGAUAAUACUCGAACUGAACAAGAGAUCAAACCAUGGGAUGUUUUCAAGGAUCCUCCUCCCAAAAAUCUGUCCAGUUCAAUGGAAGAAAACAGAACGAUAGAAAAUUCCAUUGUUGCUCUAAAAAUUGCAACAUGUAUUGUAACGUUUGCUUGUGUACUGGGUGGAGCUGUGAUAUCUAAAGGAACUCUACUUUUUAUGACAUCCCAGAUCAAACCUAAUCAAUCUCGCAUAUACUGCAAUAAAGAUCUAGACGUCUCUGGACAAUUCAUGGCUACAAUUUCGGAUACAGAACGGGUGGCUUGGAUAUGGCUGAUAAUGUGCGUGUUUUUCGUACCGGAAGUUGAAACUUUUUUACGCUCCUUACGCGUCUGCAUCUUUAAAAGCUGGCGUAUGCCCACAAAAAAGGAUGUGUCAAUUAUUUUCAUAUCGGAAACCCUGCCAACCAUCGGGACGGCGAUUUUUUUGUUUUGUAUUUUGCCAGAAAUUGAUGUCGUAAAGGGGGCAAUGUUAACUAACGUCGUUUGUGUGAUUCCUGGCAUUGUAGGAUUUCUAAGUUCCCAGUCAAGAAAGAACAAAAUGAAAAUUUUAUUCAUCCUGGACAUCGCAAGCGUGUUAGCACAAGUGUCAGCAUUAGUCAUUUGGCCAUUGAUUUCGGACAACAAAACCCUAUGGUUAAUUCCGGUUUCCCUGGUUUUAAUAUCAUGUGGAUGGUGGGAAAAUUUCGUGUCAGAAGACUCCCCUGUGCCUUUCAUAAAAACAUAUGCACAAAACACAAAAGAAUUCAAAAACGACAAAUAUUUUGCCUACAUUUUCGUGUCCGCCUGGAAAUGCCUGUUAUUCUUCUGUACUGUAAUCAUUAUAAUUUAUAUUCAAGAAAGAAGGAUCGCUUUUCUUUUCACGGAGUUCACCACAGCCUUUUCAGACCACUAUAUCAAUAUAAACCAGAUUCGACCGAUUAUUGGAGACACAUCAGAUUUAAGUUUGGCGGAAAUCAUUGCAACGGGAGGAAGAGCUCGUGUAAGUGCAGAUUACAUGGCUCCAGUUUGGGUUUUCGUUAUCAACGUACUUGGAUCAUACGUAUGUUACAUCUUCGGAAAAUUCGCAUGCAAAAUAAUGGUACAAACAUACUGUUACGCCUUUCCGAUCAAUCUAACCGUGCCAACGCUCAUUACAGCACUGGUUGCAUUCUGUGGAGUUUAUAGUAUCGAUGAAUGUGCUUUUAAAAAUGCAAUUCCCCAAUAUUUGGCUUUCAAUGGCCCCCCGCUGUAUUUUGUGCGAAACUUUAUCGAAAACGAAUUUGCAUGGUUGUGGUUAAUUUGGUUGCUUUCGCAAACGUGGAUUUCUUUUCAUAUUUGGAAUCCUCGAGUCGAGAGGCUCGCAAGAACCGAAAAAUUAUUCGCAAAACCCAUGUACGACGGCGUAUUCGUCGAUCAAUCUCUAGCUCUAAACAGAAAAAGAAACUACAAAUCCAUAAUUGAAGAGGAAAAGGACUGGUCUGACAGUUAUAGCGAAAAUUCCGCUAGUACGGAAGAUUAUUCGGAAGCGUCUUCAUCUCCGCCCAUUCAGGAGGACGAAACUACAAGAAUUUACGCAUGUGCAACCAUGUGGCACGAAACUACCGAAGAAAUGAUGGAAUUUUUGAAAUCAAUCUUCAGACUUGACGAAGACCAAUGUGCCAAGAGACUCGCCAAAAACUAUUUGGAAUUUGACAUACCCGAUUAUUUCGAAAUAGAAACUCACAUAUUUUUCGAUGACGCUUUUGUAAGAGUAUCAGUGGAUGACAAUGAUCCCAGUGUAAACGAAUGGGUAGAUAAACUUGUGAAAGCAGUAGAUAAGGCUGCCUCUGAAGUACACGAAAUCCAUAUGCGAAUACGAGCGCCCAAGAAGUACGUUACACCUUAUGGAGGAAGAUUGGAAUGGACUCUUCCUGGAAAAACGAAGAUGAUUGCUCACCUCAAAGAUCGAGCUAAAAUCCGACCCAAGAAACGAUGGUCACAAGUGAUGUACAUGUAUUAUUUGUUAGGGCACAGGUUAAUGGAAAGAAAAGACCUUUCGCCGAAACGGAAAGACAUCAUCGCAGAAAACACUUACAUAUUGGCUUUGGAUGGAGACAUCGAUUUUCAACCUCACGCAGUACAUUUAUUGGUGGAUUUGAUGAAGAAAAAUAAAACAUUAGGUGCUGCUUGUGGAAGAAUUCAUCCGAUUGGUUCAGGAGUGAUGGUAUGGUAUCAAAAGUUCGAAUAUGCCGUAGGUCAUUGGCUCCAAAAAGCUGCCGAACACAUGUUCGGUUGUGUGCUUUGUAGUCCUGGAUGUUUCUCCCUUUUCAGAGCCAAAGCUCUGAUGGACGACAGUGUUAUGAGAAAAUAUACCAUGAGAUCCCAGGAGGCCAAACAUUUUGUACAAUACGAUCAAGGUGAAGACCGUUGGUUGUGUACUUUGCUUCUUCAGAGAGGAUACAGGGUUGAAUAUUCUGCUGCUUCCGACGCUUAUACCCACGCACCGGAAGGUUUCAACGAAUUUUUCAACCAGCGUAGACGGUGGAUGCCUUCAACUUGUGCCAAUAUUAUGGAUUUGAUCCAAGACUCCAAAAAAACCAUUGCAGUAAACGACAACAUAUCCCGAGGUUAUAUAUUUUAUCAUAUUGUUCUGAUGGUUGGAACUGUCCUGGGUCCUGGGACCUUAAUGUUGAUGGUAAUUGGAGCACUCGUGACCGUGUUUUCUUUUGACCAAUACACAAGCCUCAAAUGGAACGUAACGCCCCUGAUUAUUUUCAUGAUAUCUUGCUACUAUUGCAAAGCUAAUAUUCAGUUAAUAAUGGCCGCCAUUAUAAGUGGUGUUUACGCGUUGGUAAUGAUGGCCGUCCUUGUUGGUGUCACACUUCAAAUAUUCGAAGAUGGCUGGUUGGCCCCCAGCAACCUCUUCCUAAUGCUUGUGGCAGGAGAAUUCAUAAUAGCGGCUAUACUCCAUCCCAAGGAAUUUGGAUGUCUUCCACACGGCCUCAUUUAUUUCAUCACUAUCCCCUGCAUGUAUCUUAUCCUGGUCAUUUAUUCCGUUUUCAAUUUAAACAACAUUUCUUGGGGUACCAGAGAAGUCACCGUUGUGCCCAAAGCGGCAGCGGAUGCGGAAGAGGAAAAAGACCAGAAAAAAGACGAGAAGAAAGAGCCCACAAAUCUCAAAGCAAUGCAAAACAGAAUAUUCGCUUUGUUCGGCAAAGGUGAUGAUAACGCAGGCUCUUUCGAAUUUUCCUGCGGCGGUUUGUUCAAAAUACUCUUAUGCGCUUAUCGGAAGGAGUCCCCGGAACAAGUAGAACUGGCGCUUCUGAACAAUAACAUCAAAAAAAUGGAAAGCAAGCUCGAAGGAAUCGAGAAAUUAAUACUCCUCGAACCGGAUGAGAGACAACCAACACAACAGAAUCGAUCAUCUUCAAUUACAUCCAGGAGACGAACUACAAUUAUGGAAGGACUCAAAGGGGAGUUAUCAAAGGUGAUAGAAAAUGCGGAAGACCAAUAUUCACUGAUAAGCGAAAGUCAAAUAUCAGAGAAAACAAUAAGCGAACCAAACAGUUGGAUGUACGAGGAAAAUCUAGGAAGGGGAGAAUUCGGUUGUAUUUCGACAAAAGAAAAGAAUUUCUGGGAAGGUCUGAUUGACAAGUAUCUACACCCUAUCGAAGACGACAAGGAAAAAGUGGCCAAGGACCUGAAAGACUUACGCGACAAAACCGUUAUGAUGUUCCUCAUGGUAAACGCGCUUUUUGUUGUUGCGAUUUUCCUACUCACGCUCAACAAGGACUUAAUACAUAUCGACUGGCCCUUUGGAAUAAAAUACAGCUUUCGAUACGUCGAUGUUACCGGUGACAUUCAACUGACCAGAACGUUUUUACAAUUGGAACCCAUUGGUCUUGUGUUCGUCGUUUUCUUCGGUUGUUUAAUGGGUCUUCAGUUUGUUGGAAUGCUUUUGCAUAGAUUUAGCACAUUUUGUCAGAUUUUGUCUAGUACACCAGUUCCGAUUUGCAGUUUCAGAGGAUCGAAAGCUGAACUCACCGAUGAAGAAUUAUUAGAAAAGGAUCCCGUGAGGAUGGUAAAAAGACUUAUCAAAUUAAGAGGGGUCGAUGACGAUGACGACGAUAAAGAAGAUAGAGAUGUCGAAAAGAGAAAGACUAUAAUCGGAUUGGCGAAAGAUGGUGCUAAACCUGACGAAGCCACAACUACAGAUUUAACACGUGCUUUUAACAGAAGAUUAACCAAGUUUAGAAAUUACGAAGGUAACGAUGCAACCGGAAGAAAAUCGAUUGCUUUUGCUAUUGACAAACGCAGAUCGACUGUUGCCAAUCUAGGUAGGCCUUCAGUAUCUUCAAUUAAAGUAAGAGCAAGACAAAGUCACGUAAAUUUUGGUUAUGAACCAGAGGGAGAAACCAAUACAUAAACUUAGUACCUAUAAAUUGUAAAUUAUCUACAAAGAAAUAAAUUUCUAUACUUAUACAA